AUGGCCGGUGCCCAGGCCAAGCGCACCCGCAAGUUCGCAGAGGUCAAGCGCAUCAUCUCCAAGAAGGACGCGCGGCGGCGCGAGAACGCGGGCAAGGCGGACGAGGCCAACGCGAGCGCGACCAAGGCGGCGGCGUCGGCCGACCUGAUCCGCGAGCUGCCGCAGCAGCCGUCGUCGCUGUUCUUCCAGCACAACGAGGCCCUGGUGCCGCCCUACAACGUCCUGGUCGACACAAACUUCCUGUCGCACACGGUCCAGCGCAAGCUGCCCCUGCUCGAGUCGCUCAUGGACCUGCUCUACGCCAAGGCCAACCCCAUCAUCACCGACUGCGUCAUGGCCGAGCUGGAGAAGCUGGGCCCCCGCUACCGCCUCGCCCUGCGGAUAGCCCGUGACACCCGGUGGGAGCGCGUCCGCUGCGACCACAAGGGCGUCUACGCCGACGACUGCAUCGUCGACCGCGUCAUCAAGCACCGCGUCUACCUCGUCGCCACCAACGACAAGGGGCUCAAGAACCGCCUGCGCAAGAUCCCCGGUGUCCCCAUCGUCUCGGUGGCCAAGGGCAAAUAUGUCAUCGAGAGACUGCCCGACGCGCCCAUAUAG